AUGCAGCCACAUGACACUCUAGCCAGGCCUAGUCGCACCUUCAUCGAGUUGUCUAACAGUAAUGAUGACAUUUACUCCGACACGCCCGCUACAUCCCGCGCAAGACAAGGCCCUCCCCAGGCUACCACUAAUUCUAGCAACCGUGUUGAUACGAACCGAGCAGGUUGUACUCGUGUGCAGCCCACCAUUAACCUUUCAACAAGCACGAACAACGGUCCUGUACGCAAUCGCUCCCCUGGGUUGUUCCUUUACCACAGCCGUUCAAGUGUAUUCGACCGUAUCGCAUGCAUCGGCUACACCGCCUACCACAAUCUCAUCACGGCUCGAGCCAUAGACAAUCAACUUCCACAAGCCCCAACGCCCACACCAACUCGCAAACAGAAGAAGAUCCUAGAAGCGGCCGCGAUUGAUCUUGCUGCGCUCUAUAGCUUAAUGCGAUACCUUAAGACCAAUACUAGAGCCCGAGUCCUUGUCUUUGACGAUAAAAAGAACGAGCACGGCACCGAACUGCUCCAGGCUGGGAUCCUGGAAAUCGACUUCCCACGCUAA